ACACGCGCAAUUACUCGGGUAAUGUUUACGUUCUGCAUCGCGUCGUGAGAUUAUUUGCCUCUGUUUAAUAAAUAAAUUGUCCGCACUGUGAUGCCUGGUAUAAUCGUUCAGCGGCAUCAGCAGCGCGAGAAAAUAUCGUCGAUAACGUAAAUGGUGUAGAUUUUAACUGAUAAGCAACAGCAACGCUCCUACGUUGGGGUGGUGCUUGAGAAUUUUUUUUUUUUUUUUUCCAUCGAGGUCCACGUUUUUCUUCAAGCGUCCGAUAAACAGUUUGAUUGUAAAAGUGUGUACGGGUACAUUUGAUCUACAAAACGGUGAAGGACAUCGAGCAAAAAAGAGAUGGGGAACAAUGGCAGCAGGCUAUUGUCGUACUCGGGAAACAUGGUGAGCUCUAUGGUAUCCGGGGGCCGCAAGCGCAAGUGUAUCGAGGAGUCGGACCCGGAUUCCGAGUCCAGCUUCAUCGAGAAGACGCUACAGACGCCGAAAAGGAGAAAAUUGAUGAGCACAGCUGAGUAUAUCUACAAAACGUUAUUCCUGGAGGAAAAGGGUAGCGACAUAACGGUGCUAAUGCUGGGAAAAGCUUGGAAGUUACACAAAGUUUACAUAAGCCAGAGUCCCUACUUUGCUAGUAUGUUUUCUGGUGCUUGGCGUGAGGCUAACGAAUCCAAGGUGAAUGUGGAAAUUAGCGACCCCAACAUUACUCUCGAUUCUUUAACAAUUGUAUGCGGUUCAUUUUACCAAGAUGAAAUUAAUGUUGAGCCAAAAAAUGUGGUAUCUGUCCUCGCGACAGCUACACUUUUUCAACUCCAAGGACUUAUUGACCAGUGUACUGAAAUAAUGAUCGAGACAAUCAACAUGAAGACCGCAGUUUCUUACUAUAACGCGUCAGUGUGCUAUGGUGUGCCAAAAGUUAAAGUCAUGUGUAAAAGGUGGCUGGAAUUCAAUUUAUUGGAAUACGGUAAAUUCCAUGAUGCGUUCCUGACUGACAUAAGUCCAGAGCUGAUGACUGAACUUGUUGCCAGCCCCGAUCUCGUCGUUAUGCAAACUGAAUUCUGCAUUUACGUAAUGCUAAGAGUGUGGCUGUUUCAGCAAGUCCAGCACAAUUAUAUUGACUACAAUUUGGUGACGUUUUAUAAAAACCAUCCCUGGACUGAGCCGUACCUCGAAACGCAAGAAGGCGAGGAGUUUAGUGCACCGUUUGAAGCACUAAGAAAAAAGCAUUUAUUGUUGAGCGACAGUGAUAUACAAAUUUUAUACAAUGACAAUUUAAUACCUGAAAAUUGGCUGUACGAAGCUUACAAAGAACAAUGGUUGCACAUUUUGAGAAUAAAUUCACGUCGAGAAAUAGGGCCUAGAGCAGUGAACGAGCAGGAUUUCGCAAAUGAAUGUUUUCGCUGCGCUAGAUGCGUGGAAAGACCAGGAGAACAUUUAUGGCGCUGGACCGCGUUUCACUAUGGCUUGGACCUCGUUGUAACCCUUGACGCUACAACACUCAAAUUCAAAAGAUACAACAAAAUUGAUUCAGGACAAAUAAAAGCUAACCACGAUAAACAUUACGUUAUGUUGAGAAUUUGUUUAUUUUCACUUAAUGAACAGCGACAAAUUAAAUAUAUUCAGAACUCGGGACUAAUGCGACUGUCACUUCAAAAAAACGAAGAGAAACAAGUAUUGUGCCUUAACCAAAAGUUGUCGUAUCCAUUGUACGUGUCGGUAAAUUUGCAAGUCGUCACGGGACUCGUCACACGUAAAGGGGAUAAGAGCUCGACCAAUUCAGAGCUCUCAGAUACCUAGUCAAGGAACCGAAACGCUAAGUAUCCGCUUUGCCUCGCCAACACUCCGACGAAUGCAAAGCAAACACACAUUGCACACAAACACAUUCACGACAAAAAACUUAAUUACAAAUACAUAUAUGCUUUUAUGUAUUUAUGUAUUCACAAACUAGUCGAAAAUUGUCGCUUAUACCGUGUCUUGUGAAAGGUAGCGAUUGUGUUUUGCUUUGGUAACGCGCACAAAGACGAUAAUACGUUGAGAACACAUCAGAUCACAGUGCCAGUUGUCUCUCAAUAAUAUUAGAACUCUACCUCUUGUGUAUCAAAUUUUUCAUGAAGUGAAAAGGUGAAAAAGAGUACGCAGAUCUUUGGUAAGGAUGUUAUAUUUCAUUGCCAAAGUAACGAUUAUAAGAGACUUUAUAACUAAUAAUUUGAUAUAAAAGUAUAUAUUUUUAUUUUAAAA